AUGCCGCUCGAAGACGGGGAUGCCUUGAUGAGUCCCGAAGAUGCCAUCACCAGCGGUCGAAUGGAGUCCGUCUCGGAUUUAGCCUGCAUGUACCUGCAAGCUGCGGCGCCCGAGGGUCAGCGCAGCAAGGACUUGUGCGACUCCAUCGCCGAUGUGGCUUUACAGUUGGCCAAAAUAUCGCUUCUAGACAAGCCUCUCAAAGAACGGAUGAGCAACUACAGCCUCGCAUCCUGGGAUACAGUCGCCUCACUUGAAGUGCUCUUCCAAGCAAUGAAUGGAUCCCGCAGACACAUGGGUGAGAGCAUGCCAGUUCUUAUCAAGAACCAGGAGCUGCUCAUCGUCAUCAAGACCCUCAUCAAGACUAUGCCUGAGCACGUGUACCGGUACAUUGGCUUCCACGCGACCGCCUACCUGUCGCCGUAUCUGGAAUCCAUGGAGGCAUUCUGGGAGAUGGCACUCUUUGCUACCGCACGACGGGUGCCGCGCCGCAAGAUGCCGCGGGAGCGGAUUGGUCGGAUGGUGGACGAGGCGAUGCUAGACGCCGCGGUCGGCCAUUCGCCCCCGGAAAAAUGGCGUCUCUGCCUGCACGUCGUAGAUCGGCUGCUCCCUGGAGUGCUGGUCGUCGCGUUUGCCCGGUACGCCAACGACACGACCUUCUUCACGGAGCUCAUGGCUGACGUCAUUGCGGAGGAAGUGCGGAGCAGUUUCAUUGACCAGGUAGGAAGGAUGACCCACUUCGACGAAUGGACGAGGCGUAUCUUUCAAAUAAAGGCGAGGACAACCAACCUGUAUUCCAUGUUUCCGCUGCCCCAGUUCUUUCAGGAGUUCGUUCUUAAGUACGCGAAGCAGUUGCAGACAAAGGUGCAAAACGUAAAUUCUUCGCUGGACAUUUUCCUGAAAGCGAGCGCCUUUGUGGGGUCUACGUGGAACUACCCAAAGCAGCACAUCGUUCACGAGAAUAGCUUUUGA